GCGGCUGCGCACAGAAUGCUGCCACCCGGAACCGCUGUGCUGAGCUCGCGCCACGUCUCUUCGGAGGGGCCCCUCCCCUCUGCCUGCUGUCGCUGCACCGGAGCCUAGAGAGGACCAGGCCCAGAGCAUCAUGGGCAACGAGGUUCCGCGCGCUUCAUCCUUCCAGAUGCUGCUGCUGCUGCUGCUCUUGCUCCUGCUCCGGGCCGAGCGACUGCGGGGCGCUGAGCUCACCUUCGAGCUGCCGGACAACGCCAAGCAGUGCUUCCACGAAGAGGUGGAGCAGGGCGUGAAGUUCUCUCUGGAUUACCAGGUUAUCACCGGAGGCCACUACGAUGUGGACUGCUAUGUGGAAGACCCCAUGGGCAAUAUCAUCUACAGGGAGACCAAGAAGCAGUAUGACAGCUUCACGUACAAGACGGAGGUCAAGGGCGUUUACCGGUUCUGCUUCAGUAACGAGUUCUCCACUUUCUCUCACAAGACUGUCUACUUUGACUUCCAAGUGGGUGACGAGCCCCCCAUUCUCCCAGACAUGGGGAAUAGGGUCACAGCUCUCACUCAGAUGGAGUCUGCCUGUGUAACGAUUCAUGAGGCUCUGAAGACUGUGAUCGACUCCCAGACACAUUACCGACUGCGGGAGGCUCAGGACCGAGCCCGAGCUGAAGACCUUAAUAGUCGAGUGUCUUACUGGUCUGUAGGAGAGACUAUCGCCCUGUUUGUGGUCAGCUUCAGCCAGGUGCUACUGCUGAAAAGCUUCUUUACAGAAAAACGACCCAUUAACAGAGCUGUCCACUCCUAACCCUGCAGUUCCUCCCCACUGCCCCCUCAGGAGGUCUCGGGCUCCUGCAGGGAUGGCGGUGUGACACAGGGUGAAGGGAGAGCUACAAGGAGACCAAAGGCCACACUUCGUUGUUUGUGCACAUAUCUGAUCCUUGCACUCCAGCAACUGAAGCUCAGAGCCCAGUAAUCUGAUUGUAUUGUGUGUGUAACAUUGGCCAAAAAUGUUUACGGGUCAGACUAGGGAUUGGCCACUAUGGGGGGGCAGUGAUCCAGUCUGAGGGAGAACGCCAAGGACCCGGGCCUCCAGGGCAGCUUAGGGUCCUGCCACUACUCCAUGAUACAUCAGUCAUUAGAUUGCUGUAUCCUCUUCCACCUCGAGGAGAAAGGAACCCUGAGUUCAUGCCUGCCCUUCAUGGGCCUCUCUAUACCUGAGGAAAGCAGGUCUAACCUGGAAGCAGUAGGGUCAGAUAUACAACCAGGACCCAAAUAGUGAGUGAGUGCCCUUGGUUAUCUAUGUCUCCUGGAGGCAGAACUGUGCUAAUAAAAACCAAGUUUGAGCACUCUGGA